AUGGGUGACACCACCACCGCCAUCGUCUGGGGCAUGCCUGUUAACCCUGCAGACUUCCUCUGCAAACUCGACGCGUUCCGCAAAGCUCUUCCAACAAUAAACAGCCUUCGCUUGUGCAACCGAUUCGGCAAAGGCGAGAACACUGGAAUAACAAAACUUCCCAGAGAGCUUAUCGGAUUCAUCGAAGACGAGCUCCUCGAACUGCACCGUGAACACGAGGAAAACCGCCUGUAUGGAUGGAGCAAAACAUAUUGUUGCUUCGAGGGAUCGUGCCGCCCAAGUGAUCACCUGGAUGGCGGAGAUCUGGACAUGUAUGAAGACGUGAUCGAAAGUGCUGAAAUCGAUCUUCUCAAAGCACACCCUGAGUGGAGCACAGCAGACGGUCUGGACUUCCCUGCAGACUACCAGGAUCUUCUCGAUGAAGAAGUGGCCAACCGUCUCGACGAGUACGCAGAUGAAUAUAUGUGGGAAUUCUGCUUUCAGACCAAGAUGGAAUGGGAGGCAAAGACUCGCAAGCACAUGACUAACAAUGGUAACGAUGAUAUCUUGCGCAAGCAAUUCGGACUCGAAGCUUUCAUCAUGCACGAGAACCUCGAUGAUUCAACCAUCACAUAUCUGAAGGACAACGUUGAGCGCUUUUCUCACAACAAGGCCUGUCCCGAAAGAGCAAUGAUUUGCUAUCUGAUCUUGCCAACGCAGAGCGCACAGUGGAAGUUGCGCCUUGAUCCCAUAUGCAGAGAGAAUGGAGAUUACGUUGGCGAAUCCGCAAGCUCCAUGUUAGUUGACCGCGACUCCUUGGAUCUGACCGAAGAACACCGAAAGCGCUUCGCUCAGGCAAUGCUGCGCCUAGCCUUGAAACCCUCGGUACACCCAUCCCAGCUGUAUAAAACUCUCUCGGCAACCUCUUCCAUGGCCGAUUCCUUAUUGAGACAGGUUCCUUUGCCAGCUGGAAACGCGAAUGCAUCUGCCGAGGAGAGGAAGAGAAGAGAUGCCAUCACCACGAAACGUAUCGAAGCCCUAGACAAGAGCCAAUGGCCAAAGCUGAUGUUUCUUGUCAACACGAACUGCUGCGAGUUCUGA